AUGAGCAUGGUGAUGUGUUUGGGUGAUGGUAGCCAAGGGGCCGUUGCAUCCCCGGUGGGUGUGGAAUUCCAUGCAUACGAACUCACUCCUCUUUCUACUCUUUCUUCCAACAUAGUUAGCAUCCAUGCCGAACACUACCACUCCCUCACCCUCACUUCCCAUUUUUGUGUGGGAAACUCCAAACGCGAUCAACUUGGCCUUGGUCACAAUAUCAUCGAGGCUCUUGUGCCUACCAAAACUCAUAGCGCGAAAGCCUAUAGCGUUAGGAUGCGCUCUUGCUGGGAGAGGAUGGGAAGUAGUACGCCCGGUUCACCAGCUUCUACCACUGCAGGGCCCAAUCGUACUCAAAAGAAGAAUUUGAUCCUGGCUCAGAAGAAACGCUAG